GCCAUGCGUUUCGAGGUAGAAAACUUUUAAUCUCAGCGAAUUGGAGUUAAUUUAAAACAUAAAAAUGCCAAGAGACAUAUCAUCUUCAUCAAGUGAGGAUGAGGCGGACACUCCUGCUACAAAAUCACCAGUAAAGCAAAAAGAACCUGAUAAGAAGACUACCAGGUACCAGUGUCCUGCUGACUUUGUGUCUUUGUGCCAUAAGCCCUGCAGCAGCACACUAACAGAGAGUCUGAAGAAUAACAAGAAAGAGUUAUGGCUCAUCAAAGCUCCUGCCAGCUUUAAUCCAGAAUGUUUCAGUGGCAUCAAGGUACCUCUCUCAGGUCUCCAGACCCUGAAGGUUCCCACUGCUGCAGGCGGAGCAAAGACGGGGAGUGGCCAGCAGAUCUACAGCAUCCUGGCAUCCUCCCACGGUACCUCAGAGCUACACUUGCUCACCAGCAACAAGCAGUCAUCAGACAGCGUUGCAUUUGGUCCUGCUUUUUCAGGCCUGAUAAAUGUGUGUGAGAACUAUGGAGACAGCAGUGCUAACCAGGCCCCUCAGGUCAUCCCCGCUGCACCACCGCCCUCCAUACCGCCAGGGCUGAAACAGCGAUUCCACCCCUUCGGCAGCAAGACCCCCACGCUGACCUAUGUGGCAGAGAGCGAGGUGGACGGAGCCGCCUUCGGGCCCUCGUCUACAACCCUCCGUCCCCUGGUAGUCAAACGAUUUAUAGAAGAAACAGGACACGAGGAAGAUGAGGAGGCGAGGAAAAAGAAGAAGAAAAAGAAAGAAAAGCGGAUAAAGACAGAGAGAGAAGAGGUCGAGGAGGUGAUGAGAGUGAAGCAAGAACCUGUAGCUGAACUGCAGGAAGAAGUGAUGAUGGAUCUCCCCCUCCAGGAGGGCGAUAUUUUGGAGGAGAAGAGGAAAAAGAAGAAGAAAAAGAAGGACAAAGAGCGAGAGGAGGUGGAGGAAGGAGUGGAGCCCAGCGUGAGGGUGAAAGUGGAAGGGGUAACAGUGAAAUGUGAACCAAUAGACUCUUCAUAUGGUGAUGUAGUGGAAGGCUCAGGGAAGAAGAAGAAAAAGAAGAAGAAAAGCAGAACUGAUGACGACUAGUCUGUUAUCACUUUGUUGUUUGGUGUUUAGUUUACUUUAGUUUGUUUAUUGACUUUAUGAACUUGCCAGGAAGCCAGCUUACUACUAAUUUGCUCCAUCUCAUUGAUAGAUUGCAUAAGGCAAGACUUGUUUUGGCAGGACAUUGUAUUUUGAAAAAGAGAACACAUCCUGAAUCAAUUGAAUAGUGACAGAAAUUAUAAAGUGGAUUCAUACCAGCAUCUUUAAGGCCAAUGUUCCUAUCAUUUUGAGCUCAGAAAGUGACCGUUUUACACACUGAGAAUGUGUCUAGCCGCAGGCAUCUGUGAGUAGAUGGGUAAUAAGAGUGUACAUAGGGGUAAUUUCUGCAUUUUCUGCCAGUGUCUGUCAAGUUGCGGCAGAUUUUAUGGGAUUAUGCUUGCACUGUGUUCCUGUAUUUAUGUACAUAUUUACAUAACCAGACUAGUAACAUUCAGUAACGUUCAGAAAACCAGAGCCAAUGUAAAAACAGAAUAAUGGUUCAGUGUCAUGUAAGGUUGAUAGUUGUUAGGAGCUGAGUCAUAUGUAUUGGUGAAAUUAAAUGUGUUUGGGAAAACACAUGUCCGAGAAAGAUUAAAUGAAAUAAAAUUGAAAAAACA